AUGCCCCCGUCACCCCCUCAACCCACCCGACUUGCUUCCCUCCUCCGCCCGUGGACCCUGAUCUGGCCCUCAAUAUGCCUCCACUGGCAAGCUCUCAUUGAAGCAGUCCGCCGCAAUGGUCUCGCGGCCCUCCUGCACCCGCGCCAGAUCCGUGAUGCUGCGUCGGCUAAACUGCUGAGUAUAACCUCAAGCGGGUUCAUCGCCUACGAGGACACAACGGUCGUCCCCUCGCUCGUACGCGCCGCAUCCGGCGUGAUCCUCGAUCUGGGCCCUGGGCCCGGAAACCAGAUCCAUCGAUUUGACGCCUCUGCUGUCGAGUAUAUCUACGGCGUUGAGCCGAACGGGAAUUUCAAGGACGAUAUCAUGGUCAAGCUGGAGAAACAUGGUUUGGCGGAUAAGUAUAGGCUUUUGGCUUGUGGUAUCGAAGAUAGUGAUAUUCUUAGAGCCGAGGGGAUAGCAGAGGGGAGUUUGGACUCCGUGCUAUGCAUCCAGGUCCUCUGCGCAGUUCGAGACCCAAAGAGUGUCAUGCGGGAGGUGUGGAAGUUGCUGAAGCCCGGGGGGAAGUUUAUCUUCUGGGAGCAUGGGUGUAGUAGGGAUUCGGUGACGAGGGCUGCGCAAGCGCUCUGGAAUCCGGCAUGGAGCACGUUUGUCGGAUGUCGUCUGGACCGGAAUGUUUUGGCGGAUAUCCUUAACAGUGGAGAGUGGGAGAAUCCAGGGGAGAUUGAGGAGCCGGAGGACAGGCUUAGUUGCUUGCCUAGGAUUCAGGGUGUGCUUGUCAAGAAGGCUUAA